CAGAGUUAAAAACAAAUACAGAAAAGUCAAUUGACAAUAUUAAACAACAAGAGGAAAGUGAUACGCAAGAAUACAACUUUCAAGACAAUAAUAUAAACAACAAGACAAACUGGCAGAAAAUAAACUUGGGGCAUGGGCAUGCCUCAAGUCCAAAGGGAAUGCCCUUGUCAUGUGAUGUUCAAAAUUAUUUUUCAGCAUGUGAUGAUACAAACACAACAGAUCUCGAACCUAAAGAUGGACCUAAGUAUAAAAAACAAAAAGAACUUAAGACCGAGAGCCAGAGCCAAAAGGAACCCAAAAUACAAAUGCAAUUCAGUCCAGAAAACCCUUAUGUUUCAGAAAUGGUUCUAGAAAGCACUGAUAAAAGCUUUACAGAAACACAAGAAAUACUCCAACUAGUAACAGAAACAACUAUGACAGAGACAAUCCAGACAGAAGAAUUCAAUCUUACAGAAGCAAUAGCAGAAACAAAUGAGAUGAAAAUAACUGAAACCAAACUAGAAGCCACAAACAUAUCUACAAAUGAGGAUUUAGCAACAGACAUGGAAACAGAUUUUAUAUCUCACAAGGAAAUGAACAACAAUGACAAAAAAGAAUUCACUCUAGUUACUUAA